AUGGAUGAUGACAAGAAGCAGAUGGUUGCAAAUGUUGAGAAACAGCUCGAAGAAGCAAGGGAACUGCUUGAGCAGAUGGAACUUGAAGUUCGAGAGAUCCCACCUCAAAGCCGAGGAAUGUACAGUAGUCGAAUGAGAAGCUACAAACAAGAAAUGGGAAAACUUGAAGCUGAUUUUAAAAGGUCACGGAUCGCCUACAGUGAUGAGGUGCGGAAUGAGCUCCUAGGGGAUGACGGGAAUUCCUCAGAGAACCAGUUGAUAAAAUUACGUGAAGAGAGGGCACAUCUGCUCGAUAACACAGAGAGGCUGGAAAGGUCAUCUCGGAGACUAGAGGCUGGAUACCAAAUAGCGGUGGAAACCGAGCAGAUUGGACAGGAGAUGCUGGAAAACCUCAGCCAUGACAGAGAGAAGAUCCAGCGUGCUCGGGAAAGGCUUAGAGAAACAGAUGCAAACCUGGGGAAGAGUUCCAGGAUUUUGACGGGAAUGUUGCGAAGGAUCAUCCAAAACCGGAUUUUGAUCGUUGUUCUGGCAGUCAUCAUCAUCUUCACCACCAUCAUGGCUAUUUAUUUUUCUGUCAGGGGACGCUGAUAUCUUUGUUCUUCUCUAAACAGCAACAAACUGCUUGUUCUGAGUAAUUAAGACAAAGUGGUCACAUGAAUCAUUCUCUUGCACUGACAGAGUCUCCCUCUCUUUUCCACUAUUCAACUCAGGUGCAAGUGGUGUAAAAUAUUUGGUAUUAUUGAUGGCAUAUUUGAUGGCAUGUGGGAUUGAUUAUUUUUUCUUAAAUUUUUUUGUCUUAUCUGAGUGUUUUCAGAAUCUUAAUAUUUGUUGGGGUGAGGGCUUGUUCCAGUAUAAAAAGACUUAAGUGUGUCAAAUUCUACCCCAGACAAUUAGCCUGUAAGUUGCCAGAGUUUAGCGAGGGAAGAGGGGUCUUUGCACUUUUCUUGUGCUAUGUGGGGUGUAUGAAUAUCAAGCAGUAUCUGACCUUCUGUGAUAUAGAAUAUAAGUAAAGCAGAGACCAAAUGAUGUAGAAAGUGAACCUGUCUCCUGUGACUAACUGCUGAACGUGAAUUAGCGUAAUAGACGUAACCUGGUUAAGAACAGUUGUUAGUUUUAAAAAGAGAGCAAACUUAGGAUGAUGUUUAAUAUCUGAUGUGAAUCCAACACUCUAUUUAACAUUUUUUUUUAAAUUAAGCUUUCUUUUCUGCUUAUUCAAAACAAUUCCACUUUCAUCAAGAUCAUGGUAAUGCGUCGCUUGCCCAAAAUGUAGUUGUGACUAAAGCCCAUCUGUUGGAUCUGUUUUAAAUCUUCCAAUGUUGAUAUAUGUACUGAUAAGUAUGCACACUAGGCCCUUAUUGAAGAUGUAUAAAGAUACUUAUCUAUUCAUUGUUGAGUGAAAAGAGACCCUAAGUAAUAGUUCAGUGACAAAUACAUGAUUACAGUGCAUUAAACAAAAAUCUAGAUUUUUAAUAUUGGCCUGACUAUGUUGAGACCACAUCUUGGAAAUACUUUUAGUGUACUAAAUUCUGAUGCGAUAUUCCCCUUUUUCAACAAAAACUGUAAAAAUGUUAAUUUAUACAUGCUUUUAGCUGAUACAAUAUAUCAUAGUUUCAUCUACCUGUGUGUAAAUGAGCCGUGUUUCUCUUUUCCUAGUGGCUGUGCUUCUCCUAUAGACAGGUCUAGGUCAUUUCGCUUAUAAUUAAGCUUACAACUCCAGCAAAGGUCAUUUUCUGGUGAUACGGUAAAGUAAUUUUCAUAACUUUUCAAUUCAUUAUAUGCAAUCCCUUACAAAUAUUACAAAUUGAGAGGGAUUUUAAGCCCUUGAACUUAAGCCGUAAAAUCUUUUCAGGAAGAUGUUCAAAGAAACAAAAAGCUGGUGGCUUUCAGACUCCCACCAAAUUAGGUAGGAACUGAGCACUGAAUUCUCAUGUGUGCCUUAGUACUCCCAGGGUUUUGGCAUCCCUGUGGUCUCUGCCAACUUGCUGUGCUGUCCCUGGGAGUUGAUUUUGGGGCAAACAUCUGGGAGCUGAUUUUGGCCCUAAAUACAUCCCCUCUCUUCUCUACAUGGAAACAAGUAACUCAGCUAAAAGGAUGUUGGUACUGAUGCCACAGCUAAGACUUUGAAAGGUGGUGAUAAAUGCAGAAUAAAAGGAUCCACAAGACAAAUGAUAUUUAUUGAAACAAAAGUACCUGGAUAAUCCAGACCCGUGUUUUUGGGAGGUGCUGCUCUGUGCAGUGUGGCUUGGUCAUGUUCAGCUCCUCACCUCGAUGGCCCUGCACUGUCACAGGGCCAUGGGACCCCCCUCACCACCUCCUGGGGCAUGCUCUCCUUUCAUCCUUGUGAAGCGUGUGGCAUUUAUCACGUGGCUCUUGGACACAGAAAGAUUUGGGUGUUCAGCUUGCAGUGUGGAGGCUGGCCGGCCUUCAGUCACAACGUGCACUCAAAUUAAGCACUCAGGGUUGUGUAAGCAGAGCUCUGGCCGUUAGCUUCAAGUGAUGGCACUGAGCUGAGUUCAGGCAAAUUAGGACAAAGCCUGGCAGCAUUAGAAGGUAUUUAUCCUCUCCUAAGCAAAUUAGGAGAUGCCUAUUUUGUAAAGCAGAAAACUGUCAAGAAGGAAAUCUUAAGCUCCGUCUGUUGCCUAGACAUUCUCUGCGUUGCCUCAAUAAUUUAACUAUCAUGGGGAUUGAUUCAUGACUACUGAUCUUAACAGUGACCUAUGACUAGGUUUUGCCCUCUAUCUAGCCACCUGCUGGAAUCAGCAAAAAGCUGAAAGGAAGCUAGUUUUCCUUAUCCCAGUAUAAAUCUAGGGCAUAGUGUCACAUCAGAUACAUCCACUCAGAUGGGAAUGAGGGAGAGAGAGAGACUGCCACGCAAAGCCUUCAUCUUCACUUUUGAUGAACCUGCCAUCGCUAUGUUUCUCAUGCUAACCUGUUAAUAACUCCUCUGUGCCUGCUUUGCAUCCUCGUGUACUCCCCACAUGUAAAAUAGUGCUCAGGUGGACAUUACGCUCCUCAAAACACAAUGUUGCUGCUCUCUCUCCCCUUUUCCUCCGGCUUGGGAAAUGUGCGGGUGAGAUGCAGCAGAUCCACACGUUUUGGUGGGGAUUGAGCGACUUCGACUGGGAGUGCAGCCCAAGCCACCCACAGGUAGGGUGACACCCCUGGGUCCAGCCUUCCCCUGAACUAGUUUGGUCGCAUCUAUAGCGCAUCUGUGAAUAAAUCCAAGUGCUUACAAAUGUAAACCUCAAAGAGCAAAAUGUUUCUAAUGUUGCCAGCCUUUGCGGAGAAAUGACAAAUUAAAAAACGCACGCAUGGUGCUGCGUGCAAAAUUCAUCCUUGCUAAACAGCUGCGCUCACAGAAUAAAUAAACUAAUUCUAUGCUGAUACAAAAUCAAAAGCAAUUUAAUUAAGGACUCUUAAGUUUUAAAGGGUUUUAAAUGCUAUACUUUUUGGGGAAAUAUCAGAAAAUGUAGCUUGACUGACGUCAGUUCCCAUCUCUGGGAUGGGAGGCCAUUUGCUAUUCUGUUUAAGGCAGACUGGAUUGUCUUAUUUUGGAGCCAGCUUGGUGGGGGGUUUUCUUUGCUGCUGCUUCAGAGCUCUGAGCUUCAAAGGCUGAAAUUAAUGGUGAACAAAAUUGUGCGGCUCUGACCAUCCCAUGCGGGGCAAACCCAUCGAGGGUUAUCAUUAAGUAAAGAAAUAAAGAAAAAAAAAACCUGCCAGUUCCAAAAAAACCUCAUCAGAUAAUGACCUCUGUGAUUGGGUUUUCAUUACCAAACAGCAUCCAGAGAUUGUCUGCCCCAUAGA